AUGCAUUGCAUCGGCUGUCGCCAGUUACUCGACUGUGAUUUCUUGCCCGGUGGGGCAGAGCAUCUGAGACGCCGGCUUCCCGAUGGCUUUCAGGUCGACCUCGAGUCCACUGAGGCUGUCUACCGUCUUGCCAAACAGAAAGUCGAGUCCACCGACACCGGCGAGUACGACUGCCGGUUCAGGUCCGAGCCCACUGGCGGUGAUGGCAAUAAUUCUGGAAAGUGUAUCGUUCGGCGUCUGUUUGUGAGGCCCGAUACUGACGUCGCUCUGUAUGUAUCACAAAACUCUCGCCUAACCUACGUUCAGGUGUCUCAACAGUCGUGGCCGUUGGUCUAUGAGGGUCAUGGAUUUCUACUCACUCAUCUCGACAAUGUCAUCAUCUACUGCUCCGGAUCACAUCCCCACGAGGCGUACUCCUUUACACUGACAGCUAGUUGGGCUGAGUGUUCUGCCUCCGGUCAACAGAUACAGACACAUUGGCUUCACUCGCGUCGUCUUGUUCUUGGCCCCAGACGCCUUCAUGCGUCAAUUCAACUCAUCCUUGUCGAGUUUCCGCCCCUUCCGAGACUCACAGAUCUCGCAGGUCACUUUGUUUGUGUCAAUUGCAGCCUCGACGAGUCGACGACGACGACGGCGACAGCGAUCGAGAGACUGGAACCGGAUUCGAACGCAGCCGAGAAAUAUCAUGGCCUCAGUUACCAGCUCCGUUUACCGGUGAUCGACUGGUCCAAGCGCCGAUUACGGGUCGAGCCCGUCAAAGGACGAGACGGUCGAGUUGAGGCUGUUCAACCUGGCGGCAGACUGCGCUGUACGGCUCGACUGGGGCCUAGUAACUGGCCGCCCGUCUCAACGGUCUGGGAACGAUUGCAACCAGAGCUUGGAGACGAUAUGUCGCCGGAUGAGUUGUUGAUCAACAAGGAAUUCAACUUCUCGGCUCUUGUACCAGAGGCACCCGGGCCACUGGAGGUGUCUUUGGACGCCUCAGAACUGGUGGUGCCGACUAACGAGGCCUUUCGUGGAUACAGUUUUCUUUACCGUUGCCGAUUAGUUGUGCCAUUUUCGAUAUCGUUGGACGGUACGGAAGAUGAGAUACCUGCGGUCAAGGCACAUCUCACGGUCGCCAUGUGCCGCAGUGCUCGAGUGAAUCUGCUUCUGCAAAACGGCAUUUGCUGGAACACUGUCUACGAGGGUUAUUUUGCUCGUUUUGUUGCCGCUUUCAUGCGUCGUCUCAUCCUAAGCUUGCCUGACUACCAAAAGACGGCUCGUGUUGGCCUCUUUAUCGGUGCACCGGAAUCGUUGAUCAGCAUUGAGGAGACAGCCUCGCAUCGGAUGCAACUUCGAACUCCGUUGUUGGUGAAUCACAAAAUAAGCCGAAAUGAAUUGGUGACUCGCAUUUUUCGCACAUCGGACUAUGCCAAUUGUGCUGGCUCGAGGUUGUAUCAGAUGAAAGCGGAUCAACUAGACCGACUGGCUGAGUCGGUAUCCACAAAUAACAAUUCAGCCGGCAGGACUAUUGUUAUCCUCUUCAGCCAAGGCGAUGAAGAACAGCAUGAGGUAUUGCUCAGGAAGUCGAAGAGCCUACGAAAUCGCGGGUUUCGGGUGCGUAAAUUAAUUGACCUUUCGAGACACACAUCAUAA